AACCGAACCUAUACCGAUUUCAAUUCUCGUGGCAGUAGGACGUGUUCUACAUGCUCCGUCCGAAAAAGUUUUCCUUCAAGCCACCGAGCCGGAACAUCACGGAGCAGCAGCUACAGAAACGCCAACGCGCGUCUGGCUCCAUUAGCCAUACUUCUGCAAAUCCAAAAUAUAAAAGUUUCCCCAUUCGCAAACGCAGUAGUGCAAACGAAAACUCAUUGUACCAUUGUGUAACGCGAUUAAAGUGUGCAGCGAAAAGCCUGGUGCGGCCUGGUUUUUCGCAAAGUGUUUGUGUGUUUACAUACGUGUGUUGGUUGAGUAAAAAUAACCUACGAAGUGUAGAAUCUUGCAAGAUCCCGUUUGUCCACUGAUAUCGUGCAACCGACCGACGGCAGGGUUGGAAAAGGCACCCAACAAAAGGUGGCCAAAGAAUUUCGAUUUCCCGGCUUUCCUCACCCAUCCUUUUCCACGGUGUUUUAUUCGUACGCGUUGCUAAAUUUGCGCGCCUAUGUGUGCGUGUGCUCAGUAGUGUGUUGUUUACAUUGUGACGCGUAGUUAAGAAGAAAGUGCCGACGCUGCCGACGCGUGUUGGAUAAAGAGAAAGAGAGUGUAACAAAAAGGAAUUUGUAACAAUAUCGUACGAUCCGGACGGGCUCUGGUGCCACAUAAUCACUUUCGCGUCGCAUCGACGACGUGUCCCCCGGGUGUUUGAGCGAAGCCGUCUCCGGGUCGAAAAGAGGCGAAUUUUAGGUUGCAGAGUGGUCACAUUCGAAUGCCUUCCAGUCAAGGAUACAGUAAAGUAGCGUCGGAACCUCCGAUCGAUCCAGUGGACGGGACAGUCAGUAUGCCGGCCGGAGGAGGGAACCCGGGAAGCGGGUCGAGCACCGCCAUGACGCCUGCCACCGGUGGUAUACAGUCCAACCCGGCGGGGAAAAUACCGGCCACCAACUCACAGCAGCGCCUAAUGCCCACCGACUCGGACUCGGUGACAUCGUCCAUGGACGAAGGGUACGGAGGAACGGACACGCGGAACUCGCAAGAUGAGGAUGCGGCAACGACAGCGAUCGGGUCCAAUGCGUGGUUUACGGUGAUAGUUUUAUGUUUCGUCAACCUCAUCAACUACAUGGAUCGGUUCACGAUUGCGGGUGUGUUAACGGAGAUACAGGACACCUUCCAGAUCGGUGACGAUGAGGGUGGCCUCCUGCAGACGGCGUUCGUACUAUCCUACAUGCUGUUUGCACCGCUGUUCGGCUACCUGGGCGAUCGGUACUCGCGGAAGUGGAUAAUGGUACUCGGCGUAACGCUCUGGAGCACGACCACCCUGGCCGGAUCGUACAUGAAAACGUUCGGCUGGUUCAUCACGUUCCGGGCGCUGGUCGGUGUUGGCGAGGCGUCCUACAGUACGAUCGCACCCACCAUCAUCUCCGACCUGUUUGUGGGCGAAAUGCGGUCCAAGAUGUUGGCGCUGUUCUACUUCGCCAUCCCGGUUGGAUCUGGCUGCGGGUACAUCGUUGGUGCGAAAAUGGCAAGCAUUAUGGAGUCGUGGCAGUGGUCGCUUCGUGUGACACCCGUGCUCGGUGCGAUCGCCGUUGCCCUCAUCAUUAUGCUGCGCGAUCCGGAGCGGGGCCAGAGCGAGGGUACCAACCACAUCCAGGCCACCUCGUACAAGACGGAUGUGGCCGCGAUCGUACGCAAUCCUUCGUUCAUGCUGUCGACGUUAGGCUUUACCUGUGUAGCGUUCGUGACCGGUGCGCUCGCAUGGUGGGGACCGAAAUUCAUCCACCUGGGUCUCAUCUCCCAACCGGGCAACGAACAUAUAACACUGAACGAUGUAUCGUCCCGGUUUGGAGUAGUAGCGAUGUUGGCCGGUUUGAUUGGCGUUCCGCUCGGCACCGUCCUGUCGAAUCGUUUGCGACCACUGUACCCGAACGCUGAUCCGCUGAUCUGUGCUUCGGGUUUAAUCACCAGCUCACCUUUCAUCUACAUUGCACUGGUGGUGGUGAAGUAUAGCAGUGCCUGGUGCUUUACGCUGGUGUUCAUCGCCGAAGUGGCGCUCAACAUGUCCUGGCCGAUUGUGGCCGACAUGCUGCUGUACGUUGUGGUGCCAACGAGACGAUCGACCGCGGAAGCCUUCCAAAUUCUUAUCUCACAUGCGUUCGGUGAUGCCGGCAGUCCUUACUUCGUCGGUGUGAUUUCCGAAGCAAUCAAGCGAGCUAUUCGCGCAAGUGCGGACGCACUAUCAUCGAAAACGUUCCUCACCAUUGCGACCACACAAUCGAUCGCCGUACUAUCGCAGCUGGCCGAAAAUAGUACCGUCGCUGCGGUGGAUGAUAGUCCACUUGCCGCAGCGGUCACCGAAGAUGAUCCACCGCUGGUCAAGUUCCGUGCGUUGCAGUACGCACUGUUCUCGACCUGCUUCGUGGAAGUGCUUGGCGGAGUGUUCUUCCUCCUCACGUCGAUCUUCAUCGAUCGGGAUAGGGCACGGGUGCAGGCAGCGAUACUAGGCUGUCAGCUAGAGCUAAGCGAGAGCUCCGCAUCGGACGGUAAUGGUACGGACGAUGGUCAACGGUCGCCCGUCGUCGUCGUUGGUCCCGGUACGAGCGGCGGCGCCUCCAAUGCCUUCUCGCCCGUCGCGGCGCUCUAACGGCGACAGCAAACGAGUGAGGUUAUCUAAUUGGUGGUGUCCUUCGGUUCGUAACGUCCGCUCCACAAUGUCCGGUCUUCCCGUUCCCCGCGUCCCUUUCUUGUCCCGUGAAACUUAUCUGUGAUCCGUCGGCCAUUUGUUGUGUGUCGUCCGUUCCCACCGAAAUCCGGCCCAGCCCUGCAGCAGCGAGUAGCGUUACGAAUCGAAGACGAAUUGGUGGAAGCUGAUGCCGAACACGUUCACACCAAGCACACGCACAUAUUAGAAAGCGUCCGGUAGAAAAGCAGCUCCUUGCUGCUUCUAGGUGAUGAAUCAAAUAAUGCGUCAGCACAGCAACUAGGAGGAUCCGUAUCGGACAUGGAAUCGUUACAACCACGCACACGGCAAUAAUCACGGCAAAGCUUAUGAUUUCUUCCCCGUCGAUGAUGGGGAAGGGUUGCAUUUCGACAGAGUACGGUCGUGGAGGCCGUACUGUAGCGGCAGAUCGCUCUACCACCGGGUAUCGGAAUUCCUCAAAGAUACCUCGGUUCCUAGCGUUUCCCGGGUGUCGUCAAGCAGCGAGCAACGGCAAACUCAAAACAGAACUGAACUCCAACCGACAUCCCGACGGGAGUGUCCAACCAACUGCUGGCGCAGGAAUGUCGGCUCGAUAAGUAUGUCAAUACCGUAUAUAUAUACAGCCUAGAGAUAUAUAUAUAAAUGAUAAGUUAUAAAGCAACACACGACGUAAUGAUGGUUUGUUCGUGUUCGGAACCAUUGCCCCCACUCACUCACCAAGGGGGCGGUUCAUCGCAUCAUCACAUUACAUUGAGAGCAGAUUAAGAGUUAAGAAGCAAAGCACUUCUUUUUUUUCACGCCGUGCUUUCACGAUACUGUGUGGCGAAGGAUAGUGCUAAAUUCUACCGCAGAAUGUAAAUAGCUCUCCCAAAUUCAUCCCAAAAAAAAAACAAGAAGAGCUAAAGUGUCCUGCUCCUGCUACGGCCCACGUGCCGACCCGGUUUAGGCGUGUAAAGCAAAUAACUAGGAUAAUUUAAACAAGCGAACGAAUCAUCGUAUACGUUGCCCAAUGGAACCUAUUACUGUCUCGAGCGAGAAACACCCCAGAAAGGUGUCUGCUGCGUUAUCGAUAGGGGAUAAAUGACGAUUAGGUAAAGCGACAGUAUGGAAACAAAAUUUAGGAUAACGAAUGGAAGCGGCAGGGUUUUGGCAAAACCGAAAGCAAUAGUCUGUGAAAACGAAUCCGGGGGGCCAUCGGUAAUAUUGCUGCAAAGUUUUCUAACGGUGCUUGUUUAGCCGAUAUACAUACAAGUAAUGAAGGGGAGAAGCGGUCGAAAGGAAAUUGUCCGUUUUUGUGGCUGUUGAUAGUUAUGCAUGCGAAAAGGGGAGCAGAAACCAAACGUUUUUCUUGCAAAGCGUUACAUUUGACUGAAAAUCAGAAUAAGGCGUGUAAUAUGUACGAAUCGAUAGGGAUAGCGGGGGAAACGGGGAACGUCCGGUGGAUGUGGUGAUAUGGCUCCCAUUUGUUCUUCAUCCUUGUCACUAGUAUUUUCCUGUAGGCUCUGCUAGUGGUGAAAGUAAUUUAUCCUUCCCAUUUUUUUCCUUUUCGUUUGAAUAGUUAAAUCGUGGUGUUUUUUGUUUCUCCGUACACGUAAUUUAGGCGUAAUGUAUUAAAAUUUAUACAAACACCAUAGAGCAACCCAAAAUCACAGCAGGGUUAGAGAAAGAGACAGAAAAGGGCGUUAACAAUCGCUUCACGGUGAUAGCGAAAGUGACUAUUGUUAAUAAUUGGGAAACGGUGUAGAAAGACUAUAUAAAACGGGACAGUUGAAAGAGAUGGUGAGAUGCAAUUGUUCGUAAAACAAUCUGAGAAAAAAACACACACACACCUAUUAUUUAUUAUUAGAUGCUCUGUUUAGAUGCUUGCAGGGGCAAGAACGAGGAAGGAAUAGUGUAUAGAGAUUAUUGAAGAAAAGGAAGAAAAGACGACGACCAUAUGAAAUCGUUCAGCAGUGUGGAGUGCGAAAAAUGAAUGAAAUAAAAAAAAACUCAACAUGUA